ACCAAAUGCAAGGCUAGGUCUAGGUCAAAAUCAAAACCCUAGAAAUCAAGCAAGCACAAAAACAAACACAACUCAGAAGCAAGAACAACUUUUUGCCCAAAUCUUGCACUCUCUCUCUUCCAUACAUCGACUUCCAUCGAGCUCGAAGUUGUUCUCUAUCAAUACGAUAUAUAUUUGCUUAGCUAAUGGCGGGUCAGAGGAAUAAUUAUGGGAAGCGGUCACAUUCGCAUUCUGACCAUCCAGACAAUGGUUCUAAUAAGAGGAGAUAUUCAGGCGAUGAUAGAGAUCAAUUCGUGAUCGGUUCUGAUGAUACUGUGUACCGGUACUUGUGCCCGGUAAGAAAGAUUGGGAGCAUCAUUGGAAGGGGUGGGGAGAUUGUCAAGCAGUUAAGAGUAGACACUAAAUCAAAGAUCAGGAUUGGGGAGACAGUUCCGGGGUCCGAGGAACGAGUGGUUACUAUUUAUAGUGCUAGUGAGGAGACUAAUUCCCUUGAAGAUGAUGGCAAAUUAGUAUCUCCCGCCCAAGAUGCGCUCUUCAAAGUGCAUGACAAAGUUGUUGCGGAUGAAUUGAAUGGUGAUGAGGACUCAGAAGGAGGUCACCAAGUUACUGCUAAGCUUCUUGUUCCAUCUGAUCAGAUUGGAUGUGUUAUUGGGAAAGGUGGACAGAUAGUUCAGAAUAUCCGUAGUGAAACCGGUGCUCAGAUUCGCAUUCUUAAGGAUGAUCAUUUGCCUACUUGUGCCUUGAGCUCAGAUGAGCUUGUGCAGAUAUCUGGGGAAGCUGCAGUUGUGAAAAAAGCUCUUUACCAAAUUGCUUCUCGCUUGCAUGAAAAUCCAUCACGGACUCAACACUUUCUUGCUUCUGCUAUUUCCAAUGUGCAUUCUUCUAGCACUUCACUUAUGGGUUCAACUGCUGCUGGCCCAAUUGUGGGAAUAGCUCCAUUGAUGGGUCAUUAUGGAGGAUAUAAAGGUGACACCUCUGGUGACUGGUCACGCUCCUUAUACUCUGCUCCAAGGGAUGAGAUGUCUUCAAAAGAAUUUUCCCUUAGGUUGGUUUGCCCUACUGCUAAUAUUGGAGGUGUGAUUGGCAAGGGUGGAGCCAUAAUCAAUCAGAUUAGACAGGAAUCGGGGGCAUCCAUCAAAGUUGAUAGUUCAGCAACUGAAGGAGAUGAUUGCUUAAUAUCUAUUUCGUCUAAGGAGUAUUUUGAGGACACAUACUCUCCAAGCAUAGAAGCAGUUGUGCGGCUGCAACCCAGAUGCAGUGAGAAGAUUGAGAGAGAUUCUGGACUAAUCUCAUUCACUACCCGCCUAUUAGUUCCAACCUCACGAAUUGGCUGCCUUAUUGGUAAAGGAGGAGCUAUUAUAACUGAGAUGAGGAGACUGACUAAAGCUAACAUUCGCAUUCUUCCUAAAGAUAGCCUUCCAAAAAUAGCAUCUGAAGAUGAUGAGAUGGUGCAGAUAUCUGGAGACCUUGAUCUUGCCAAGGAUGCUCUCAUACAAGUAACUAAGCGGUUAAGAGCUAAUCUUUUUGAUAGGGAAGGUGCAGUUUCUGCAUUUGUGCCAGUUCUGCCAUAUCUUCCUAUGCCUGAAAAUGGAUCAGACAGCUUUAACUAUGAAAGUAGAGAAAGCAAGAGGCAUGUGCGUGGGCAUCCUUAUUCUGCUGGCUAUAGCUCAAGUGAUUUGGGGGCUACUGAUAGAUAUGGAAGUUAUGGUGGUUCACAGAUUGGUGGUAGUGGCAGUUCUUAUGGAGCUUAUGGAAGUUAUUCUUCGGAACGCAGUGGUGUUUCUGGGUUAUCCAGCCAUACCACUGUUUCUCGGCGCAAAAGCUAUUACUAGAAUCCAGUGAUGUCCAUGCAGGAUUCUGAUGUUCUUGUUUUCCCACUGUUGCCUCUCCCUUCCCAAUUGAACAGCUGAGAUCCAUGAAGCCUGAAGCCAGCCCACUGCCUCUUUUGAUGAAGCCUGCCUAAAUUGGAAGACCAGAUGAACCAGGGUUGACAUACUCAUGGCCCACCCUCAUGCAUGUACUUAAUACAGACUAAAAAAAUGUGGAAGACUUUUUUGUUCUCUAUUGAGAUUUGCCAUGUCCAUGACACCAAAUUCACUAAGCUCUACAUACUGUGCUCCCAAGAACCUGUAUAUCUAGCAUGCCUAUAUUGUGGCGUUAUUUGCUUUUAUCUUUCCCUAGUUGAAGUUUUUUUCUUAGUACAAAACUAUGUUGCCUCCAUCUUUUGCCGUUUAUAUUAAGUGUGUCAAUUUUUGUUUA